ACAGGAGAUUCAACCUUUGGAUCGAUGAAAUCAAAGGAAGGUGCCAAAAUGCAGGCGUGCUUUCUUUCUAUUAGCCCAUUCUCUCUCAUUCGUUCAUUCAUUGUCUUGUCUUUGUCUUUGUCUUUGUCUUUGAAGCUUCACAUAUAUUUCAAUUGAGGACAACUCACAUUCUUUUGUCCGAAGCACAAGGAAUUAUGUCUUUUUAAACACAUUUAAAAUCCAACGCUAGCCAAUUCGAGACUCAUCCUCUUCAGAUGAAAGCCUGCUGAGUAAGCCCACCUCAACUAGUUGUAGUUACCUUUUUCGGACGCCCCUUUUUACCUCACAUGGGUUUCAUGGUCAUGACCCUUUUGACUGUAAGGACAGCGUGCUCUUAUUAAUUGAGCUUUCAAUCGUUUCGCACAAAGCCUGCUCCCGGGGAUCUUUUGUUUGAUCAUAUUUGGAUCUGAACUUAUCCUCUGCAGCAAACAAAGGAAGAAACCCUUUGGAAAUUUUGAUGGUAUGGAUGCAAACAUGGGAGAUUCAGAGUGGAGGGAAAUUGGAGCAGGGAAUAAUAAUCAACAGCCCCAGCAGCAACAGCAACUUUCAGCAUCAUCGCAGACUCCUGAGAUUUGGGAGGAGAUUUACAGGAGACUUGUGGAGACAGAGAACGAGGUUGUCAACACUUCAAACUUUGCAGAGCAGUUGCAAGCUCAUUUUAACCGUUUACCUCCCAGGUAUGCAAUGGAUGUGAAUAUAGAGAGGCCAGAGGAUGUUCUCAUUCAUCAAAAGCUACUUGAACUUGCUCUAAUACCAGAAAAUCGUCCUGUCUUCUAUGUUCAAUCUUCAGAGCGGGUGGUGGUUAGGCUGGACGAAAAUGAGGAGCAGCCUCAGUCAGUGGCAGAUAGUGCCCCAUCUACACCUGAAGACACUCUUUGUUCGGAUCACUCAAGUUUUAAUGAGGGGCAUCAAACAACUCCUGAGACGUGUAUGAAAUUUAAAGAUUUGAUUCUGGAUGCUGGAAAUAUUAUUCUUGAAGACAGAAAAGUAGUGAAGAAUAGCUCCUCUAAGAGACAAAUACCUGUGCAGAUACCGAUACAUGAAAUAACAUUUUCAACAAUUGACAAGCCAAAGCUGCUCAGUCAGCUAUCGGCUUUGCUCGGAGACAUAGGUUUGAAUAUCCGUGAAGCUCAUGUAUUCUCCACAAAUGAUGGGUACUCUCUGGAUGUAUUUGUAGUUGAUGGCUGGAAAUCAAAGGACAUAAGCAGUCUGUAUAAAGCGCUGGAGGAGGCUGUUGCCAGUACAGAGAAGGAUUCAUGGUCAAGGAUUUCUCCAUCAUCAACUCCAAUUGAAAGGUUGUUACCGAGUGGCAGCACACCAUUUGAUGACUGUGAAGUUGAUAGAAAACUAUUAAAGAUGGAAAGAAAAGUGGCAUCUGGUUCCUGUGGGGAUCUGUACCGUGGGACGUAUCUUGGUGAGGAUGUUGCAAUUAAAGUCCUUAAGCAAGAACGUCUUAAUGAAGCUCUCGAGCAGGAAUGUAUUCAGGAAAUUAUGAUCUUACAGAAUGUUAGACACAAGAAUGUUGUUCGAUUCAUUGGGGCUUGUACAAAGCCACCUCAUAUAUGUAUAAUUACAGAAUAUAUGUCUGGAGGGAGUCUUUAUGAUUACCUGCGCAGGCAAGAGGGCCCCUUGCAGUUGCCAACACUGAUAAAAUAUGCAAUUGAUGUCUCCAAAGGAAUGGAAUACUUGCAUGAAAACAAGAUCAUUCAUAGGGAUCUAAAAGCAGCGAAUCUACUAAUGGAUAAAAACUAUGUUGUUAAAGUUGCAGAUUUUGGAGUUGCCCGUUUCCUGACUCAGAAUAAUGGAACAAUGACAGCAGAAACAGGAACAUAUAGAUGGAUGGCGCCUGAGGUUAUCAAUCAUCAGCCAUAUGAUCAAAAGGCAGAUGUUUUCAGUUUUGCAAUAGUCCUAUGGGAGUUAUUGACAGCUAAGCUUCCUUAUGAUUCUCUGACACCAUUACAAGCUGCGUUAGGUGUUAGACAGGGUUUGCGGCCUCCCAUUCCCGAAAACACACACCCAAAAGUAGCAGCAAUACUAGAGCAAUGUUGGCAUGAGGAUCCUACUAAGCGGCCAAGCUUUUCCGAGAUAACAAUAAUGCUUGAGAAAAUUCUGAAAGAGGUUGGUCAGAGAGACGAUUAAACAAAGUACUACAGAUACAACUAAUAUGGGAUGGGCUUAUGCUUUCUGUACAUAUAUGAGAUUUAGGUGGUUGUUUCGGAGUUAAAACAUCACAAGCACACUUUUGAGGCGGCAUGGAAGGGUAUUUUUGGUUUACGAAUGUGAGCAACCUUUUUUUCCUUAUAAUUGUCAUGUUGGACCAAAAGUAUUUUGUGAUAUUGCAACUUUGCAGAAGCCAAAUUUUGAUUGUAAUUUUGGCUUUUGUUCAUACGUAAAUAUUAGCAAAUUGUAUCUCAUGAAAGUCAUUCUGUGAUAUCUUAGCUAUGUUUGAACAUUCAUGCCCGUUAGUAAAAUAGAUGUAAAGUAUUCGAAAUAUAUCCGAUAAGUUUUUAUAAUAUCAUUGAAAAAUAUAUGCAUGGAACAAUUUGCCAUAAGAGGAUGCCUAGAACGUAUGUAAAUCCUUAGUCUAUAAGGUAUGAACAAUUUAUAUUUGUUUUUGAAUGA